AUGUUGAACCGUACCAACCUCACCAGGGCCAGGUCACUCCGGUACUUGGCCUCCAAGAGGUUCCAAAGCACCGAAUCCUCCAGCACUGGCAUUUGGAGCGAUUUCUCCAAGAGAUCGCCUUCGUUAAAGCUCUCCAACCCUGCCAUCAAGAAGAACAUAUUCGACAAGAUCGACCCAUCGGAAGGCCCUGCCUCCAUCCAAAACUACUCCAGAAGAUUGGCAUACCACAGUAUCAAUGAAAUCGACGAUACUUUCAAGGUUGCCUACGAGUACUUGCAAGAACAAAGUGCCGAAAAGUACCAGCAAAUUGAAGUCUUGGAAAAGCAAGUAGCCCAGGCCCAAUCAGAAACCGAAGUCAAAGAGCUCAAGGACAGAAUCGAAGCCUUGCUCGUAGAAGCCGAGGCCAGCAACCCCGAGGUGUUGUACAACACCUCAUACUUGAGUUCUGAAGACCUCGACAAGUCGCAACCGGUUUACAGACAGAUCUUGAAGGAGAAAUGGGAGGCAUUCGAUCUCAUGGUGACCAUGCAGAGAUUGGAGCAGCUCCAUGUGAUACCGGACACCUUGCCCACCUUGGACCCCAAGGUGGACGUCAAGGUCAAGUUUCCCCACAACCUCAAGGAUGAGUUCUCCAGCUGGGUGACUCCAGGUGAAAUAUUACCAGCAUUUGCCGUGAGCCAGCCACCAACCAUCCGGAUCCAGGAGUUUGAAAGAGUGGACCAAGAACAGCUCUACACUGUGGUGGUGGUCAACCCUGACACCCCAGACUUGGCCACCAACUCGUUCUCUACCACCUUGCAAUACGGAUUGGCCAACGUGCCCUUGAACAACGUCGACAACACCAUCUCCACCUCCACGUUGUUGACCCAAGGUGACUCCUACACCUUCCAGCACUACAUACCUUUGACUCCCGAGAAGAACGCCCAGAACCAGAGGGCGUGCUUGUGGGUCUUCAGACAGGCCAAGCCGCUCGCCCUCGAUGCCUUGGCCGGUCCAAACACCCAUUUCGACAUCAGAACGUUUGUUGAAACCAACUCCUUGAACCCAGUUGGUGCCCAUGUGUGGAGACAGCAUUUCGACAGAAGCGUCAACGACGUGAGAAGAAGCUAUGGCUUAGAAAAGGGUAAGGUGUACCAUAGAGUCCGUCAAGCCCACCCAGUUAUUUAG